UACAGAAGUACCCCAAUAAGCCAAUCGACAGGAUUAAGUGUGGGCCUGAGAACAUUCGAGUGCAAUCCGCGGUGCAGCAGUGAUUCCAAGCGUCUGCGCCAUGCCGCGACAAGCUCGCUCGCCGGAAACUUCACCGCACCGAGCCAGCAGCCGAGUGAUCUGCCGGAAGCCUCCUUACCCCUUCGGAUGCAGUAUGGCGAGCCUGAUCUCGACGUGUUCUUGCAGUUGAUGCCAUGCAUUGUGUGGGCAAUCGCAUUCCUUGGGCUGCGCGUCGUCUGCCAGCGUGGGUUAUCGUGGCUCGGCCUCUACCUGCAGGUGGUGGUGCCGAAAACGAGCUGUGGGAG